GCUCGGCGCUUCUGCGUGUUUGGCCUGAAAGCGCUGGCGAGCCGCGCGGUGCUCGUGGCCCUUUAAGAAGCCCGGGGAGCGGGGCUGGAUCAGAGAGCGCCAUAACCACACCGCCUGCGCCUGAGUGGGAUAGGCUGCUUUGGCAGGGAUGGGCUGGGAGGAGCCCUCCUGCAUCUACAAACUCUGGCCAGGGAAAAAGCGAAGGGGGUAGAACUGGGGGGAGGAGGAGGAGGAAGAGGAAGCAGAAGCAAGAAAGGGGAAGGGGGGACACAGGCAGGCGCCGAGGGUGCUGUGGGGCUCAGGCUCGCCUAUUCCUUAGCAGCACAAUCUCUGCAACCGCUGCGUUUAAAAGUUUUCUGCGCUUUGGGUCAGGAGCGUUGUCUGCGACGACCCUCCCGGAGGAGGGGUUUUUCAGUCUUAUCUUCCCCUCUACCCCCUCUCCAAGAUUUACACUCCUUCCCUCCCCCCUCCCGCUUUAUUUUGUUACUUGCUUCUGGGGUUCGGGUUGCAGAGGACCAGCGCUAUGCCCCGGAAGAGUAUCUUGGAGGUGAAGGUGCUGGACGUGCAGAAGCGGCGAAUUCCCAACAAACACUAUGUAUACAUUAUCAAAGUCACCUGGUCCAAUGGCGCCACUGAAUCAAUUUAUCGACGGUACAGCAAGUUCUUUGACCUGCAGAUGCAAAUGUUGGACAAAUUCCCAAUGGAAGGAGGACAGAAGGACCCUAAGCAAAGAAUCAUACCCUUUCUGCCAGGCAAGAUCCUCUUCCGCCGAAGCCACAUCCGUGACGUUGCCAUCAAGCGUCUUAUACCCAUUGAUGAGUACUGCAAGGCUCUGAUUCAGCUGCCACCAUAUAUCUCUCAGUGCGAUGAAGUUCUUCAGUUCUUUGAGACAAGACCAGAAGACUUAAAUCCCCCCAAAGAGGAACCGAUUGGAAAGAAGAGAUCUGGACUUAUCCAGAGAACGGCUUCUUUCCUUCUGAGAGGUGGAGAUUUGGCAUCUGCGGAUCCCAUGUUCCUGGAGCAGUAUGUGGUGGUGGCAGAUUACCAGAAGCAAGAGAGCUCUGAGAUUAGCUUGUGUGCUGGCCAAGUGGUGGACAUAAUUGAGAAGAACGAAUCUGGCUGGUGGUUUGUGAGCACAUCAGAUGAACAAGGAUGGGUCCCAGCUACAUGCUUAGAAGUUCAGGAUGGAGCCCAGGAUGAAUUUUCAAUGCAACCUGAAGAAGAGGAGAAGUAUAUGGUCAUUUACCCCUACACUGCUCGGGACCAAGAUGAAAUGAACCUGGACAAAGGGGCUAUUGUGGAGGUGAUCCAGAAAAAUCUGGAAGGAUGGUGGAAGAUCAGGUAUCAGGGUCAGGAGGGCUGGGCCCCAGCAUCAUACCUGAAAAAGGGGAGCGGUGACAUGCUUGCUCCAAAACUGGGAUCUGCCACUUCUGCCCACUCCUAUGCACUAGACCUGGACGGAAUCUCCCGGCAGCAGAACUCGACAGGCCGAGACAAGGAUGGGCCGAACAACCAAAGAGAUGGAAGGUUUGAGGGUCGCCCAUUGCCAAAUGUGGACUUUAGGCGAAAGUCACCAAAGAUGAGACAGAGACCCCCUCCUCGUCGAGAUCUCACAAUACCCCGUGGCCUUAACCUGCCUAAGCCUCCUGUGCCCCCGCAAGUGGAAGAGGAGUAUUACACUAUUGCUGACUUCCAGACUACCAUCCCGGACGGCAUCAGUUUCCAAGCAGGAAUGAAAGUAGAGGUCAUUGAGAAGAACCUGAGUGGUUGGUGGUACAUCCAGAUAGAGGAGAAGGAAGGCUGGGCUCCAGCUACUUUCAUUGACAAGUACAAGAAAACUAGCAACGCAUCUAGACCUAACUUCUUGGCACCACUGCCGAAUGAAAUGGCGCAGCUCCGGCUUGGCGACCUUAUGGCAGAGAGCAGCUCUAAUGGAGAAGCCUUUGGGCCGUCCAGGCCUCUGCCUGAAGCACCACCCAAUGACAUAGACAGUGCAGGGAAAUGGAAAGUGAAGGAGGUUUCCAAGGGCUCCCAGCCAGAGAUCAGUGAUGCAUCUCUCUCUGUGGGGUACGAGGAGAUUUGUGACCGGGAUGCCGAAGAGAAGCCAAGCCUCCCUCCAAGGAAGGAAUCCAUAAUUAAAUCCGAAGAGGAGUUGAUAGAGAGGCAGCGGUUGGAACAGAGGCCACCUCCAAAGCCUCCUGGCAUGAUUUUGCCUGCGAUUCCCCCCAAGCAGGCUGUCCCCCCUCCAAGGGACAACAGGAAGCCGGAGCUCAAAACAGAGAAGGGGAAACUGUUCCAGCUGAAAAACGAAAUGGGGCUAGAGUGUGGGCACAAGGUGUCUCCCAAAGAGGUGAAGAAGCUGAACCUUCGGCCCACUGUUAAGCCUGCCAAGCCAAAAGUUGAGCCCCCGGAGGACAAGCCUGACCUCGGGACCCCCAACCCUUUCCUGAAAUCAAAGCCUCAGGUCAGACCCAAGCCAGCAGCAGCCCCUAGGACAGAUCCCCCUCAGGGAGAUGACAAACUAGACAUUUGCAACCUGAGGAGCAAACUCAGACCUGCCAAAGCGCAAGAGAAGCCUUCUGAUCAGGACCCCAUGGCUAGCGAGAGUGCCUUCAGUAACAAUGCACUUCCUGUGGAAUCUUCCGUCCGGUCUCAGGAAAGGCCAACUGUGGAGAUGAGGCCUCCAUCCAGACCAGACAGCCAGGUCUUCAAGGAGGCUGCUUCAUCCAAAGUACCUCUUGGCUCCGAUUCCAAGGGUAGCUUUCCAGCUUCCAGGGAACCACCUCAGCGGCCCAUAGUACCACCCAGGAGGCCGCCUCCUCCCAAGAAAGCCUCCGCACCAUCGCCUGCAUCUUCAUUUGCCCCCUCUCCAGAAAAUAAAGGUCCACAGAGGGAAGUGCCUGAACUGAGAGCUGCCUCUGUGCCUGGCAGGCCGAUGAUGGUUCCACCAAAAGCCAAAGGUUUCCUGCCAGCUCCGUGCCAAGAUGAUGCCAAAGUGAAAAGCGGCCUAGGCCCAAAGGGAAUUCCCAAGCCUGCGGAGAGGGAGAGAGGAUCCGUCCCCAUCACCAGUUCAGACGUCUCCAGAGAAGCCCUCUAUGUGGCUGUGGCAGAUUUUGAUGGCGAUGAAGAAACCAGCAGCUUUAAAGAAGGGACCUUGUUUGAAGUCCGAGAGAAGAACAGCAGCGGCUGGUGGUUCUGCAAGGUCCUUGCUGGCGCACCAUGUUGGGAAGGCUGGAUUCCUUCCAAUUAUCUCAGAAAAAAGCCAUAAACCCCUCCAUUUGUCUUCAGAUUAAGCAGCAGCUCAACAUUCCCCAUAUUAGUAUCAAAAUAUUUAAUUAGUUUAUUUAUAGUUUUUCAUAAGGCUGGCUCUAUUAUUAUUAUUUUUUUAAGUAUCUGGGAUACCAUACAUUCCAACUUGUGUCAUUUCCAAGAAAGAAUAGCAAGAGAAACAGGCCUUCAUAUUAGUGUAGUUUUGCUACUGUUGCUACUCUUGGCAGCUCAUUCCCUAAAUACUUUUUAAUAGGUUAAUUCACAGAGAGACACACACAAUUGAUCCCUUCCCCAGCCUCCAUGUGGUUUAGGUCCACAUGCCCCUCACAGGGCUGGCUGAUAAAAAAAGUGUUCUUUAAAAUUGUCUCUCAAGUUCUGGACCACACAGUAGCAAACCAAACGCCUGCGCACACACGCACACAUGGUAGAAUGUAAAAACCUGGGAGAUUAUUUUUUUUUCCAGCUUGGUAAGGAAAUGGAAGUGAGUCCCACUAACCAAUGAAUGGAAUUGAGAAAUUGAAAAGCCGCUGUUUGUGCUGAGUUCCCUUGUUAAAUUCCAUGUGCCACAUUUUGCUGUUAUUCAGAUGCUAAUAGGCCUCUGAAUAAGUAAAUUGAUGUUCCGGGAUAUGCCUAGGUGGAAAGGCCUGUCCAAGUAGCUGCUAAGAGAUCCUUUCUAGCCUUGUAUAUCUUUUGCCCCAUAUUUGAGCAAUCCUUCUGCCACUGUAGGUCCCACAUUAAUGCCUCUUUUGAAGUCUCUUGCGCUGACCUCUUUGUAUAGGCUCCCCUCCCAGUAUUAUAGUCUCCUUUUAGUAAAUAAAGCAGAUAUUAUAUUAGGUUAUCCAUACUGUUCCGCUGUAAGGUUUCAAAUAACUCCUAAGACCUCCUGGCAGGAGGAUUGCUAGCAGAACAAAGUGCUGCCUCUUCAGGGACAGAUUGCAUAGCUGCAUUCACGCCUAUACGCCAGUAGAUCUCUAGUGCUGUCCUAUCAUGAUUCCUCAGGUCUGGUAGAUGACAGCUGCCAGGAUGGUAGCCCUCCAGUGGGUGCUAAUAAUUUAUACUGCAAGGCUUUCCAACCUGGAAGUAACAUCUAGAUUUCACGAGGGACGGAGGUUUUGCUGUACCCCUCCCCAUUUUAUCUAUUCCUUACCCAUUUGCCUGUGUGAGCCUUUUCAAAAAGCAUGUUUCUCGCCCAUGUGUUGAUUUGUAGGGUGGAGAGCGGGGAAUGUGGAUGUUAUGCAGAGAGGCUAAAACAAUAGUUAUUGGGGCAGUGUGAGCUGUUCUGACUUCUCUGAGAGGGAAGGCAUGUGUCUGAUCCUGGCCUCUUUAACUACGGACCAUGGCAGUUUUCUGUGAUGCCAUGGAAAUGGCUCUCAUGAGAGGAGGGCUGGGUUCAGAGCACAUUGUGCUUAAUACGACACAUGUAUAUUUUGAAGCAGUGGUCAUGAGGCAUCAGAGAAGGAAAUACCAAAUGUGCAUUUGGAAAUAUAUAUGUCUUCAGGUACUUUGCCCCCCUUUCAUUUAAUACAUGUGUAUGUAUAUUCAUCUCCAGGGUGUGAAAAAGCCUCCUGCUCUCAGUCUUAGAUGUUUCAAACUUACCGUACCAUCACUGCAAUGGAUCAGUGAUUUUAUUUUCAGAAAUAUAAACCUGGAUAGAUUCACUGCUGAUCUAACAGUAAAAAAAUAAAUAAUCAUGUUUGCAUUGGCAAAGAGAGGGUCAGUGACUUCCCAUGUGUGUAUUAUUGGUGUAAGUCUCCCUAGUUUGACCUCCCAUGGGCUGAACCCCACUUACCUGCUUUAAUCAGGUAGUAUGCAGAUUUAACUUAAGCCAACCUUCCCCAAUUGAGUGCCUUCCAGAUGUUGAACCACAAUUCCCGUCAUAUGAGCCCCAGCCAGUAGGGCUAAUGGUUAGGGAUGGUGAGAACAUGCAGCUCGACACCUGGAGGGUACCAGUUCGGGGAAGGCUGGCUUGUUAAAUCUGCAUACUGCCAUAAAUCUUCCUAUAUAAUGGUUAUUUUUUAAAAUGGAGGAUUUAGGAGUCCAUCUCCUAACUUUGCUUUCUGAAAAUCAGCACUUGAAGUUCACAUCAUGUCAUUUUCCCUAAAGGCAUGUUGCUUUGGUCCCAGCUUAGAUACAGGUACUGUCCUUUUAGUGCUGUAGUGUUUCUUCUGUCUAUCCCUUAGAUCAGCGGUAGCCAACAUGGUACCCUAAAUGUUGUUGGGCUACAACUCCCAUCACCAGCUUCAAGCAACUUCAAGCAUCUUUUGAGGAUGCAAAUUAUCUAGAUCCGUUCUAGUCUGGAUUCUGGCUUGGUUUGGAGACAGAUCAGCCUUGGUUGCCCUGAUAAAAUACCAUUGUCUAGAGAAGGAUGGGGGAGUGUGACCAUGUUACUCCUUUCUUGAUCUCUGUGAUGUUUGAUACCAUCCGCUAUGGUGUUCUUGGACUGGCUCUGACAGAUGGAACUUGGGGGCAUGUUCUUCAGUGGUCCGUUCCUACCUUGAGAGCCUGUUUCAGAGAGUAGCACUGGAAGAUUGCCUGUUAGCUUCCUGGCAGUUAUGUUAAGAGGUCCCAAAGGGUACCAGCUUGUCCCCAGUUCUGUUUAAUGUCUAUAUGAAGCCUUUGGGUGAGGCCAUUAGAAUAUUUGGAGCUAACUGCCAUUGAUAAACUGAUGACACCCAACUCUUUCUCUUUGGCAUUUGAGUCAGGUAUGGUGUGCAAGCCCAGAGCCAGUGCCUGGACUCAGUGGUGGGUUGAUAAACUGAAGCUGAAUCCUUGUAAGACUCAGGGCCCUGUGCGUGUGUGCACCUACUGUCCAGGAUAAAGGUCAGUUACCUGCUGUAGGUGAGGUUGCACUUCCUCUGAAGGGACAGGUAUGUAGUCGGAGUGCUGCUUGAUCCAUUGUUGCCACUGGAGGCUCCAGUACCUUGGAAUGCUUGGUAGUUUUGGCUGGUGUGCCAGCUAUGGCUGUUUCCGGACAGGGAUAGCUUAGCUUCAGUGGCCCAUCCAGUGGUCCCCUUGCAAUGGAAUUGCUGCAAUGUGCUCUGUGUAGAGCUUGUGUUUGGUUGGGAAGCUGCAACGGAUGCAGAAUGUGGAGUCACAGCUUAUGGCCAGGGUUGCCUUCUGGAGGGAACUGCACUGGAUGGCAAAAUGCUUUACGGGACCAAAUUUAAGAUUUUACUGUUAAGCGUAUAAAGCCCUAAACAACCUGGUUCCAGGGUAUCUGAGACAUCACCGUAUCCUCUAUGUACCUGUAUGUUCACUGCAGUAUUUUAUUUUUUAAAAACUGUGUUUUUACUUUUAUUUUAUUUUUUGUUUUGUUGUUGUAUACUGUUAUAGUAUUUUGUAACAUUCAGCAGUUAUCAGUAUUCCAGAAUUAAUUAAUAAAUCGGUUAAACCAA